CUUCCCCCUUCAACGUUGAGUUUAAGCUUUUUUUUUGAAAAGUAAUGACCCUCACUGACAUUUGGAGAUCAAACAUAUAUGAAAUUAGCAAAUGGUUUAAACCAAACGAAAAAGAACCUUUCAAUAUUGUCCUUGUAGAUAUCCAAAAAACGGCUGAAGAAAACCGAGUGUGCUGUGAGGAAGUAGAGCUCUUAGGUGGGCUACUAGUGGAUUAUAUCGCUUUGUCAUAUCGAUGGGGAGAACUAGACGAGCAAUUUGUACCAGCCACCGAUGAUUAUUAUGCCCAAAUCACCUCCUUUCAUUUGGAUGAUUUUUAUCGUCUGUGCAGGCGUAUGCUCAAUGAACCUGAUUUGAAGGAGAUCAAAUAUGUAUGGGUGGAUGCCAUUUGUAUCGAUCAAGGCGAUGAUCAUCGUAAAAAGGCUAUCAUCUAUCGGAUGACUGAUAUCUACCUAAACGCGACAUAUAUUGUUGCCGUACCUGAUUUACACAAGGAAUCGUUGAUCACCGUCAGUAACUCCGAUAAAAGGAUGUAUGAACAAGUCCAAAAUAAUAGAUGGUAUAUUUACCAUUUUAUACAUGAAAACAUUGAAGAUCUGUACCGACUUGAUGAUGAUUGGAGGUAUAUGCUAAACAACCCAUCUGAUGAUACACGGCAAGCUUAUAAUAUGAAAAUAAGACGUGGAAGAUUUCUAUUGGAUUCUGAAGAGAAAGAAAUCGAAGCUUGGGAUAUACUAUCCAAAGAAGAUCCUAAGGAUAAGGAUGAUCACAACCAACAAGAGUGGAUAACAAAGUAUAAGACGAUCACAGAAAAACUAUUGGAAGAGAACAGACAAGAAAGGAUACGGGAUGCCAUCCAUCACUUGCAAGAUUUAUUUCGAGAUUGGGCAAAUCGAGCAUGGGUCAUCAGUGAAUACAGCAUUGCCAAAGAAAAGAAUGAUGGAGAAAUGAAAUACUGGUUUAUUCAUCUCGAUAAGGAAGAUGAUUUUUAUGGGAAGCCUUUUUUUACAUUAGAUUUUCAUCAGCCACAUGAGAGCUAUAGCUAUGAUCGGUUUCAUUGGUGUUUUGAUUAUUUUAAGCAGUACCACAAUAUGAUGAUAGAGAGCACGGUCAAGCGGCCAUUUCUAGAGAUGAUAUUGAACUCUCGAGCCACCAAAAAUGAAGAUAGGUUCCAUGCCAUCUUACCCUUAUCACCAAAAUAUCACAAGAUCAAAACAUCCAAGGAUACCAUCUCUCGUUGGCAUAUAUCCAAUAUGAAAUCCGUCAAAUUGAAGUUGUAUGAAAUCUUAGACACAGAGGACAAGCUUCAAUUGCUUUUAUCUUGCGCCAGAGAAUCACAUACCCUCUUGCCCACCUUUGCAUCGACAUCGAAUUCUUGCCCGGAUACAUUCCGUCUUUUUGCCAGUGUCGUUUCCUUCAGGUUGAUGAUGAUCAAUUUUGAUCUUAGUGAUCCAUCCGCCAUCCACUUUGGAUUCAGUCAUUGUGGGAACUAUCGUGGCCCAUGUCUUCACUUGCGGCCUAUAAAGUACUACGUACAUGAGCACUUUGGUUCACUAUUACAGGACAGGGACGAGGUAAAACGAUACAGUAGAGUCAUCAAGGAGCUUGGCAUUGAAACCCUGGAUGCAUCCUUCAAGUUUGUGACAAUCUCGUCCUUUUGCUCUAAUGACGAGGUCGAUAUCACUGGUGCUUCGUACAAGGACUUGGUGAUUCCACUUUUUGGCAGCAUGGACAAGAAUGUUUGGAUAGUGUGUCCUCUUGAUAGGCAAGAUAAGAGACGGCCUCGAUGGUCUCAUUACAACAAGGAUUACGUCUUUCGAGUUUAUUGAUAAAGCUAUAUAGAGUUUGUUGGAUCAUUGUAUGAAGAAAGGCAUACGAAAAAGUAGAGUGAUGAUAAUAAAAGUAGUUUUUCAAAUAGUAUUUUAAUAAAUCAAGUUUAAAG